AUGCACGCUUUCUCCAUUGUCACGCUCGGAAUAUUCGUCGCGGGAUACUCGACUGCUCGCUGGGAUCUUGUCACUCGCCUAUACGAACUGGCAAUCUUCGCCUGGGACCACGGAGUCGUGACGAGAACCGCCAAGGGGUUCGCCAUAUUGUCCGUCUUUUUCUUCCUUCUGAUACUGCCCAUUCAGCGCAUCGCAGCGCAAGAGACAGACCUGCAUCCAAGACUUACAGGUGGCGGCAUCUCAGCGCGUGAGCAGCUCAAGCGUCGUGGAUCAUUCUAG